GUCGCGGCGCGCCCCCGGCGCAGUAUGUCUCACGGCUCACGCACCUGGGCGGGAUUCCCGCGAUGGGCGGCCCACCACCUCCGAGUCCGUCUUCCGGAAGGACCUCAGCGCCCGGGGCCCGCCGCGCGGCCGGCCGCCGUCGCUAUGACGUCACGCCUGGCCGCGGCGCGACUGGACCGGCCGGCCGGCCAGUCAGUUGUGUCUGGUCGCCGGUGCCGCGAGGGUUGCGAAUACGUCGCUGCCGCAGCUGUGCCACCGCCAACCACGUGAGAGGGACAGGACGGGGACCAGGCUGGUACAGAAAGGAGUGUGAAGGGUGAUAUUCACCCUCGGAAGAUUCUGAUUCGACACAGGAGCUCAGGUGGCCGGCGGACAACGGUGGUUGGCACGGGCGGUGACCGUGCUGUCAGUGAAGGUCGGAGCUCCGUGCCAAAUCGGACCAGCUGACCGGCCCGGCGACACCGGCUCUGCCUACAGGAACACCAUCGCACCGCUCCGUCCCUGUCUGUCACCCCACCUCUCACCGCCGCCCGUCCGUCGCCCUGCCGAUGGUCUCCGCCGUCUGACCCGCCCGGUCGUCGGUGACGACUCGGCCCGUCGGCGGCAUGGAGGCGGUGUGCGGCGGCCGGCGGCCGGCCCGGUGGGACGACCCGUGCCGGCUGGACCUGGUCACCACCGCCGCCGGCGUCACCUACUCGCUUCUGGUGCUGGUGAUGGCCGUCGUGUGGCACACGGCGCGCCGGCAGCGGCGCAGCGGCCCGCCGCCGCCGCCGCGCCGCUUCAGCCUGCACUCGGCGCGCUGGCUGCUGGCGCUGGCCGUGGCGCUGUUCUCGCUGGCCGCGCUCAUGGACGCUGUCCUGGCCGACUGGUACGCCGCCGAGAGACGGCCGCACGUGUGGGCCGCUCCGGCCGCCGCGCUGCUCGGCAUUUUUGCCGUCACAGCGCUCACCGGACUGAGCGAGCGGGACGCGGCGCCCGGCCGGCUGCUGGCCAACCUGCUCUACUGCGGGCUGGCGGCCGCCGUCGGCGCGUGCAAGGCGCACUUCUACCUGAGUGUGGACGGCCUGGACGUGCGCCACGUGCGGGUGCUCGCCACGUGGGCCACCAUGUUCGUGUACGCGGCGCUCACGGCGCUCGAGGUGUACUUCGCGUUUGUGGAGCGCUACAUGUGUAGCUCGUAUCAGCUGAACGCCGAGUCGGACGGUGUGGACCUGAACGAGUUCGCCUACAAGCACCCGUUCGCCAGUGCCGCUGAGAAGGGUCUGUCGGGCGCCGGCCGGCAGCUGAGCCUCUGGCGCGUGGUGUGGCGCACCCACCGCACCCGGCUGCUGCUCGGCGGCUUCCUCAAACUCUGCGGCGACAUGGUGGGAUUCGUGGCACCGCUGGCGCUGCGCAACAUCGUCGAGUUCGUGAUGCGCCAUCGGGCCGGCACGCUGCCUACCGAUUUUCUCGAACGGGACGGGUACCUGUACCCGACCGUGCAGCAGUUCCUGGCCAACGGCUUCGUCAUGUCGGUGGUGGCCCUGGUGGCGGCGCUGGCGCAGGGCACCUUCUCGCAGUGCUGUACCCACGUCAUGGUGACGGAGGGAGUCCGACUCCGCAGCGAGGUCCAGGCACUGAUCUACGAGAAAUCGCUGAAGAUUCCGUGCAUAUCCAACGACCGCGGAGCGAGCGACGACUCUCCGGAUCCGCUCAGCUCGCCCGAUGAGACGGAUCAGGGUGAUCACGUGGGGAACAUCACCAGCCUCCAGACGGACGACGCCGACAACCUCACGGAGCUCAUAUGUCAGACGCACUACGUCUGGGCCAUCCCUCUCAAGAUCGUGAUUCUGCUGGUACUCAUCUACCAGCAGCUGGGGGUCAGUGCCAUCAUCGGCGCCCUCGUGUCCAUCGUCGUGUUGACGCCGCUGCAGUUCGUGGUCGUCUGGUUCCUGCAGAAGAACAAAAAGGGCCUUCUGAAAAAGGGCGACGAGCGUCUGAGCCUGACCGCCGAGUUCGUGGGCGGAAUUCGGAUGCUCAAACUGAACGCCAUGGAGUUUGUGUACAAGGACAAAAUCCAGAAGAUCAGGAAAGCGGAGCUCAAACUGCUGAUGAAGGACUCACUCUUCUGGGCUCUGAACACGUUCCUGACCCAGUCGUCGCUGACCGUGGUCACCGUCACCACCUUCGGCCUGUUCGGCGUCCUCGGCCACGAGCCGCUGGUUUCUGCUCGCGUGUUCAGCGCUCUGGCGCUGUUCAACCAACUGACCGUGCCGCUGUUCGUGCUGCCUAUCGUCGUCAAGGCACUCAUUGACGCCAAGGCGAGUAUUCGCCGUCUGACCGACUUCCUGGCACUGGCUGACGUCGAGGGAAUUGACGAGGAGCCGCCGCAGACGGUGGCGCUCGCCUCCAAACUCUCCAUCAGGCUCAAAGAACGCGACGCGUCUCGGAGACAAACCUCGGUGGUGUCCUCGGCUCCGACCGGCCGACCGACCAGCACCUCGUCUGUCGCCUCACGGACUGAACUGCCUGACUCUGCACCGCGCCGAGAACGCCCCACAUCCCUGGAACUCUCCUCACCGGCGACUCUGGGACCGAGACUCUCCGGAUCCCCGGCCUACGCGUGGGGGAGCCAGGACUCUGUGUUUAAGCUGGAGGAGAUUCCGGAGGGUGACGAGGAGUUCACGGCGACGGAGACGAGUGAGGAGUCGACCUCGUCCUCCUCUCCGUCCCCCACUGGAGGAGAGGGAGAUGAUGACGGAGGAGGAAGGGAUGGGGAUGGUGGACAGGGAAGUGGUGGAACGGAUGGUGAUGAGGGAGGAGGUGGAACUGGUGACGGCGGCGCCGGCAGGGAGGGUGGUGAUGGAGCCGGUGGUGACGGUGGUACCGAUGGUGCUGGUGCGGACAGUCAGGGUGGCAGUGAGCGGCGCAGGACGGCGCCGGCCUCACCAUCCCCGACAGACGGAGCUCGGGACAUGGAGGAACGGGUAGCCACCGAGCCGGGAACACAGCCAGCCGGUAACAAUUCCGACCAUAUUACACCCGCGGUCAACGGGAAUGCCGUCCACCUGACCCAGCCACCCACCAACGGAGCGGCGGUGACCGCCUCGAACGGCUCGGUCGCCCGCGCCUCUCCGCGUCCAGCCGACCAGCCGGAGGGCCGCGGGGCUCCGUGGCGCUUCCCACUGCCCACCAUCACCCCCAAACCGGCGCUGAAUCUGCAGGGCGUGCGGUUCACGGAACCCGGGGAGGACGCGCCGCCGUCCGCCGGCGCGCCGCAGACCCCGGCGGUGACAGUGACGGCGGCCAGCUUCUGCUGGCGCUGCGGCGGAGCCACGGCGCUGCGGGACGUGGGCCUGACGGUGCCGCGGGGGAAGCUGACGAUGAUUGUCGGUCCGAUCGGCUGCGGGAAGUCGUCGCUGGUGACGGCGCUGCUGGGAGAGCUGUGUCGGACGGCCGGCAGCGUCACUUGGGCCAGAAACACGACAUUCGCCUACGCCUCUCAAUCUCCAUGGCUUUUCAACGACUCUCUGAGGGCAAACGUUCUGUUCGGCCGCCCACUGAAGAAGGGCCGGUACCAGCGCGUGCUGACGGCCUGUGACCUGCGGAAGGACAUUGAGCUGCUCGGCGCGGACGAGGACAGCACUGCCAUCGGCGAGCAGGGCAGCGUACUGUCCGGCGGUCAGCGGCAGCGCGUGGCCGUGGCGCGCGCGCUCUACUCCAACGCCAACUGUGUUAUACUGGAUGACCCCCUGUCGGCGCUGGAUGUCCACGUGGGCCAGCACGUGUUUGAGAACGGCAUCAGGAAGAUGCUGCUGAAGGAGGGGCGCACCGUCAUCCUGGUGACACACAAACUGCAGUACCUCAAGUACGCCGACAAGAUAAUCGCUCUGGAGGCGGGCCGGGUGCGCCAGCAGGGGACCCUGCAGCAGAUCGAGGCCGCCGAGCCGGAGCUGGUGAACCGCUGGCAGGAGCUGAUCCGACUCGACCAGCAGCAGGAGACCAAGGAGGCCGCCGCCGAGACGCGCACGGCACGGGAGCGCUGGCGACUCAUCCAGGUCAUACAAAAGUUCCGCAGACUGCCGGCGGAGGGGCCGGCGCUGCCGCGCGACUCGUUCUCGGUCCGCCGUUCGGCUCUGCGGCGAAACACCUCCCUGCGCCACCAGGUGUCGCACCUGCUGCCCAUGAGUCUGGACGACGGCGAGGAGUACAGCUCUGCACCGCGGCGCCGCUGGACCACCUCGGCUCGCCGCGGCCGCGGCUGGGACCUGCUGGCGCGCCAGUACGGCCGCUCCAGCUCGCUCCGACCGGCCACCCCGGGCACCCCUCAGUCGCUGACGGACGGAGCGGAGGGCGGCGACCCGGCGGCCGCGGCGCGCCGCCAGACCCUGCAGAGGAUGGCCUCGCUGCCGCCCACCAUGCCGUCGCCGCGCGGCCCGGCACGCAGCGGCUCCGUCUCGGAGGCCGGCAGACGCUGGGCGGACGGCCUCCACCGACUCAUGGGCAGGCCGUCUCUGCGCUCCAGCUCGCGUCCGACGCCGUCGUCUGAGGACCUGUCGGGCCACCCGCCCUCCGACCAGCUGACGGCGCUCGUCUCGCUGGAUCCGGAGCCGCCGGCGGCCCGGCCCCAGGUGUCGCGCAAUGUCUCCAUAGCGUCCGCCCACAGCGAACAGACCUGCGAUGAUGAGGAGGAGGCCGAGGUGGACUCGAGGCGAUUCUCCGAGGAGGAACGGGAGAAGGGCAAAAUAUCGAAGAAGCUCUACCUCAAGUACAUCCGGGCGUGCGGCUGGGGCUUCGGAGCCCUCUAUCUACUCAUGUUCCUGCUUACUCAGGGGAUGCACUUCUUCAUGGACUACUGGCUGAGUUUCUGGAGCGAGUCGGCCUCCGAGUGGAACAUCACCCACGCCCGCCAGUGGCGCCAGCGGCAGGCGGCCGCCGAGGCGCGCAGUACCGUGCUGCCUCAGAACGUCAGCCAGGCGUACGACCAGUACGUGCAGCGGCAGACCCGGUACUACCUGACCGUUUACGCUGUGUCGGGCGGCGUGGCCGUGCUGCUGGCUCUGGCGGCCAACGUGAGCGGUCAGUACGCAGGGGCGCGCGCCCGCCGGCACCUCCAUAACAGACUGCUGAACGCUGUCACACGCAGCCGGAAGGAGUUCUUCGAGCACACGCCGGCCGGAAGGAUCAUCAACCGGUUCUCGACAGAUGUCAGCUUCAUCGACAAAAAACUGGCGACGGCGAUCCACAUCCUGCUGUACUUUGUGCUGCAGUGCGCCACAGCCGUGGUGGCCAACACCAUCGUCAACUGGUGGUUCAUCAUCAUCGCCACAGUCAUCGGCUUCAUCUACUACUUUCUGCAGAGGUUCUACCGCACGUUCGCCAUCGAGCUACAGCGGCUGGACAGCAUCGCGCGCUCUCCCAUCCAGUCGCAUUUCGCCGAGACCCAGUCGGGCUUGGCGGUGAUCCGCGCCUACCGCUACCAGGGCCGCUUCUUCUCGGCGCUGCUGCAGGCGGUGGACACGCACCUGGUCACCUCACUGCUCUACGAGUGCGGCCAGCGCUGGCUGGGAAUCGCAUUGGACUAUCUGGGCGCCGUGAUCGUAUUCGCGUCCAGCAUCACGGCGGUGGGUGUGGCCGUGCACAGCGACCAGCUCUCCCCGGGCGUGGUCGGCCUGGCCAUCAACUACACCUUGCUCAUACCCAUGUACCUGGUCUGGGUGGUGAGGUCGCUGAGUGACGUCGAGAUGUACAUGUGUGCCGUGGAGCGGGUGGAGAAGUAUGGAAGCCUUCGGGCGGAGGACUACAGGCAGAACAGGAUCGUGGCCGACUACUGGCCGCGCCACGGCAAGAUCGAGUUCUGCGGGGCCACCAUCGGCUACAGUUCAGAGUCGGCGGCCCGGCUGCCGGCCGAGACGAACACGGCUCCGGCGGCGGCGGCCAUGUCGGCGGCCGUGACGGCGGCGACAGAGGUGGCCGCCGAGGUGGCCGAGACGGCGCCCCUCACCCCCGUCACCGUCACCGUCCUGAGGGACAUCAACCUCACCAUCGAGCCCGGACAGAAGGUGGCGCUGGUGGGCCGCUCGGGCAGCGGCAAGUCUACGCUGGCGAUGGCGCUGUUCGAGAUGUCUGACCUGCUCGAGGGCAGUAUCAAGGUGGACGGACAGAGCCUGUCCUCGCUGCCGCUGCACGCGGUCCGAUCACGGCUGGCGCUCAUCCCGCAGGAGCCGCUGCUCUUCUCUGGGACAGUGAGGUCGAACCUGGACCCCAAGUGUGAGAUGACCGAUGAUCAGAUGUGGGAGGCGCUGGAGCUGGUUCAGCUGAAGGACUUCAUCUCCAGCCUCGGCAGGGGACUGGACCUGGAGGUGCAAGAGGGCGGUGAGAACUUCUCGGUCGGCCAGCGCCAGCUGCUCUGUCUGGCGCGCGCACUGCUCCGGCGCGCCCGUGUGGUGGUCAUGGACGAGCCGACCUCCUCUCUGGACGCGGAGACGGUGCGCGCCCUGCAGGGCAUCGUGCAGCGCGCCUUCCGAGACAGCACGGUCAUCACGAUCGCCCACCAGAUCGCCACUGUGCUCGACUACGACCUGCUGUUGGUGCUGGACGGCGGGAGACUGGCCGAGCAGGGCCCACCCAAACAACUGGCCAAGAAGAGGGACGGACUGUUCGCGGGCAUGCUGCGAGCCGCGCUCGACCAGGGUGCGAGUUUGACCGAGAGGAUAGGAUGAGGGCGGAUCUACACCAGGGUGGGUGGGAUAGGGACAGUGAGAUGGGGAGGGGUUAGGGAGGACGAGGGAUGCCAGUGCGACGAAGAAAUGGACCUUGGGGUGUGGUCUUUACGUUGUCCAGCAAUGGAACUAAGAUUGACCCGGCCAGCGGGUGCGGUAGACUUCAAACAUAGGGUUGCGAAUCCUUGCUGCCGGGCCUGCAGUCUGCACUGGGGCCGGGUAGCCUGCCUCGGGUCUGAGACUAUCACAUUGACGUGGUGACUGAUCGGUGCUAUAACGUGAUGGCGUUUCCCUCCGCUCUGUGGGAAGCCGGGAGACAGAGCCAGCGGCGGGUGGUGGCCGUCGGGUCACAGGUCACGACUGAGAUUACGCCUUUCGAUGGUUAACCCAGAUCAGGGGACUCAAAGCUGAUCAGUUGACCCGUGCGACUCGUGCGUCGGGAGAUGGAAGGACUAUUUCCGACCGUUGGUUCCCGACCAGUCACGAAGGAGUCGUGUGUGAAACUGACUUCGCGAUUUAUAUGUGCUUUUAUCGUGUAUGAGAUUCACCGGCGUGAUGUGUUUUACCGUGUCAAAUCGACUCAACUGCGCCAGUCGAGUGUUACGUCUUCUAUGACCUGUUUUGACCGUGUAUUGUUUAUAUUGACUGUUGUUGGACGCGGAUUGGCUGUGUGUCCAAUACUCUGCCUGCCCGGCGCGGUGGGUAGGCCGGCGGUGCCGAGCCCGCCCCGGCUGCAGGCCAGUGAAGGGGCGCCAACGCCACGGGCCAGUCUGCGUGCCGCCCGAGUAUUACCACGUGUACAUUGCACAACCAUCGUUCAUUGAGCGCGCUUUUAUACAAUACAGAGGCUAUAUUUGUAUG